AGGCUCCGUGUGAGAGAGCCUCCGUGACCUGCCUGCACUCCUCUAUCCUCGUCCACUCCGCCAGCGGCAUCGAAUUCCAUCUCUGUGUUCGCUCUGUCCUCCCUUUGCCAUGUCGGCCGCCGAGCUAAGGAGCCAGCUUAACACGCGCGUCAGCUACAUGUACGCCAUGGGAAUUCUAGACGAGUACUACCAAGAGCUUCAGCCGCCGCAGGACGAGGGCUUCGUCCCCGAGGUCAUCAACAUGUUCCUCCACGAGGCCGACAUGAUGCUCAAUGACAUCACCAGCCUUCUGAACCUGCCCGUCGUCAACUUCGAAAUGGUGGGCGAACUAGUGCACCAGCUCAAGGAGUACAGCGGCAG